AUGCCAGCUGCUGUGCAGAAUGGAAACCACACCGACGAUGUCGUGCGCACAAAAAUUCUGCUCUUGGGGUUGCGGAGGAGCGGAAAGACAUCUAUCACACAGGUCAUCUUCGAGGAUUUACCGCCGAAGCAGGCGUUCUACCUUGAGAGGACCACCCGCAUAACGAAACACACGUUCGACACGGUCAUUCCCCUGGAGAUAUGGGACUGUCCAGGAGACAUUAGUUUGGAGAUGCUAGGCGCAUCGUUGUCGCAGUUUGCUUCAUUGAUCUUUGUCAUUGACAUACAGGACCUACUUCAACAACCUGUGGCGAGACUCGUAGACUUCGUCGUCGCAGCGUAUCACGAAAAUCAGAAUCUAAAUUUGGAGGUCUUUGUGCACAAGGCAGACGUAUUAUCGGACGAGUACAAACUUGAUAACUUCCGAGAAAUCCAACAGCGCGUUAUAGACGAACUGCUGUACAUCUCGCCCGACUACGAACAGAUGCCCAUGAACUUCUAUCUAACGUCUAUCUAUGAUCACUCCCUCCAUGACGCCUUCUCCCGUGUACUGCAUAAGUCGAUCGAAUCGUUGCCGUAUUUGGAAGAUCUGCUCAACGUAUUCUGCGCUAACUCCCAAUCUUCUAAAGCAUUCCUUUUUGAUAUUAGGUCACGGCUAUAUGUCGCAACAGACGCUUCCCCCGUCGACCCUCCCACUCACAACCUCUGCAAUGACUACCUGCAAAUGCUCAACGCUUUCGGGCCACUGUACAAAUCUGUAUCUGCGAGUCCCGCACGCCAUCGGAUACCAUCACCGCCCUCGACAGGCCACUCGCCAGCAUCAUCCUCCCCCUCCUCACCCCGCGCCGCGCCGCGCCAAUACCCCGCCUCGAACGGCGCGUCAACAUCGUCCUCUGCAUCUGCCCUCCUGCCCGCGUCCUCCCUCUUUACCUCAUCGGCCUCGGCAUCCCAACCGUCCAGCCACGCCCCAUCCAUCCGGCGGCACACGAAACCGCUCUUCUAUCCGAGCGCGUCCACGUCGCUCUCCCCUUCCUCCGCCGGCGCGGGCACGACGCUCACGUACCAUCUCAUCACGCCGCAGCUAGGGCUGCUGGCGCUGAUACCUACCACCGUCUUUGAGAUGCGCCACGGGCUGGUGGAGUACAAUGUCGUGUUCUUCCGGGAGGGCGUGCAGGAGAUAUGCGAGGUCGAGGAGGACGUACGCAAGGUGGGUGAUCGGUGA